AAUCUCCACAAAACCCCUACUCUACCACCGUCUCAACGUUCUAGAACACACACAAAUAUCGGUCAGUAAUUACACCAUCCCAAAAACCUCCGUCUUGAUUCGAUUUGCUUCCAAUCUCUUCAAUGGAACCAGAUCUUCCGUCGCGAUCCAAUCGCAAGCGCCCCAUCCCUGAGCUCUCCGACUCCGAUUCCGAUUCCGACAGACCCACGGCGGAAAGGAAGGUUAAGUUUCCCAAGGGGAAGAAGGCGAAACGGGAAGACGAACCCGUGAAGAUACGCAGAGCCGACGAGGACGACGACGAGAUCGGGGGUGAGUUUCCGGACCCCCGUUUCGCCGCCAAAGAGCGCGAGAAGCGGCGGCGGUUCGGGGACGACGGGAUUCAGAUGGACCCUUUCAACUUAGAGAAGGAGAGGAAAGAGGGGUAUUUCGAUGCCGAGGGGAAUUUCGUGGAGUAUGCCGAGGGGAAUCGCGUGAAGGAUGCUUGGCUUGAUAGUGUUGAAGCUGGGGUUACGAAAUUACAUGUUCCCAAGCCGAAAACCGAAGAUGAUGCGGCGGAUUUGCCACCGGAAGAUGAAGAUAUUGGGAAGAUUAAGAGGCGCAUUGCCGACGUGCUCGAGGAAGGCGAAACGGUGUUGCGGGCUCUGAGGAGGUUGAAGGGGGACAAGAAGGUGAAGAUGUCACCGGAGACGAAGAGGGUUUUCGACCAGCUGACUGAGGACGCUGUGACGCUGAUGGACAAGCACGGGGAGUACGAUGUGAAUCAUGAGAAGAAGGAGAUUUUCGAAAGGGAGGCUCAAGGGUACGAGACUUUAGCUAGGGCAAGACUCGAAGGCAUCCCGGCCGCGCCAGUUGGGAAUGAUAACAAUGGUGGUGAAUCUGCUGGAGAUGGAUAUGAUAUGUUUGGUGAGGAUGAUGAUGAAGAAGAUGCUAAUGCUGCUGCUAGACCCUCGGAUUCUAACGGAGCAGGAGCCGGUUCGUCUGAAGGGCAGAAUGAUUAUGUGUUUGAUGAGAAUUCGGGGUACUAUUACAGCAGCAGUUUGGGGUACUAUUACGAUCCAUCCACAGGACUAUUUUGCUCUGCUGCAUCUGGGGUUUGGUACUCAUACAAUGAGGAGACUGGCGCGUAUGAUGAAGUUCCUCACCACGAUCAGGCUGCUUCUGCUGCGGCCGCCACCACCACCGGUGUGAAUUGAAGAGGAUGAAAGAGAUUUGCUGCUGCGGAACGUUGUAUUAUCUGCACUUGUUGAUAGGUUAGAAUUUAGAUGUCAAAUCGCUGUUGACUUCUAUUGUAUUUUUCUUGCAUAACAAGGAAGAUUUUAGACAUGAUUAGCAUAAUUUCAAAAUUAGUGCUUAAACAUGAUCGUUUUGUAUAGAUUAAAUACCUGUUGCUGCUUAAUGUGAUGCUACAUUUCAUAACAGGGUGUAUAGAUUCGAUGAUGAUUUUUGUAUA